AUGGCGGAGGGGUCAUCCAGGAGUUUCUCCUUCGGGGGAGGAAGCCUGGCGUUGCACGACCCCGAGGUGGUCGAGGUGUCGCCGGAGGUGGCCUCUGGAUGGACCUCCGUCCGCCAGAAGCGGAAGCGGGCCCAGGUUGUUCCUUGUGAGAUCAUUGAACUUGAUGAUGAUCCUGAUGUAGUUACAAUCCUUGAAGCAAAGACAUUAGAUCACAAGAAUAAACAAGCUGUUGGUCAUCCUAUGAAUUGGCAAGAGAAUGCAAAGAGUGGUUUUCCUGAUGACAUUGCGUUCCCAAGUGCUAUUCCUGCCAAAGUAGGUUUUCCAUGGGAUGGCCUUGGAACUUACCAUGGAGGUGCCAAACUUCCAAUUUACGGCUUGCCUGCCGAUAUUCCUGGCCCAAGUUAUUUUCCUUCCUACUCAUGGAAAAGCCUAGGAACUUACCAUACAGGUACAGUACCUCCAGCGUAUCUUAAUGGCGUUUUUGGGGCAGUUGAAGAGGAAGAUUAUGCUUAUGAUGAAGAUGAGUUCAGUAGUUACAUGUACAACAGUCCACCGAUGGAAUAUGGUAGCAGCUUUGACUUGAACGCGGAUCAUUACAUGGGCUUUCCACCUAUUGGGGGGUCAUAUUUACCGAGGGAACACGUUGCCCCUUCUGAUUUGACGCAGCAGCAGAAACAAGUUAAGAUUGUGGAGAGUGAAGUUGAUGAACAUUAUAAGGCAUUUAAACAGUUUGAUACUGUUGGUGACCACAGUGAUCACUUUUAUUUGAAGUUCAGGGCAGUUAAGAAGCCAUUGAAAGAAUGGGUGAAGAGAAUUCAGCAUGAAUGGAAAGUCCUAGGGAAAGAUUUACCAGAUACAAUAUUUGUAAGAGCUUAUGAAGACAGAAUGGAUCUUCUUAGAGCCGUCAUAGUUGGGCCUGCAGGCACUCCUUACCAUGACGGGUUGUUCUUUUUUGAUAUCUAUUUCCCUUCCCAGUAUCCAUCUAAGCCUCCACUAGUGAAUUACCGCUCUGGAGGUCUGCGGCUUAAUCCAAAUCUCUAUGCCUGUGGGAAAGUGUGCCUUAGCCUAUUGAACACCUGGCCCGGUAGUGCGUGUGAGAUGUGGAACCCAUCGACAUCAACUAUGCUGCAGAUCCUGGUCUCCAUUCAGGCCUUAGUGUUGAAUGCUAAACCUUAUUUCAACGAACCUGGUCAUGCGGCGUAUGCUAACACACCCGGCGGGGAGAAGCAAUCCCUUUUGUAUAAUGAAGAGACGUUUCUGCUAUCCUGCAGAACUAUGUUGUAUUCGCUUCGCAACCCACCAAAGCAUUUUGAGCACUUCAUUGGUGGCCAUUUCCGAAAGUUUGGGCGCGGCAUCCUCGUAGGAUGCAAAGCUUACAUGGGCGGUGCCCAGGUUGGAUGCCUCGCUGGAGAUGGAGUGCAAGACGUCGAUGAGGGUGACAAGAGCUGCUCGCAAAACUUCAAGUGCUCACUGGAGACGUUAUUUAAGGGCCUCGUGAAUGAAUUCACCAAUUUAGUUGUGGAUUGUCAUGAGUUCCAAGCCCAGACUGUGACGACCUCUGUAGCUGCAGCAGACACCACACUGAGGCUAUAAUAAGCAUAGUAGGUGAUCCCAAGUAGGAGAUUGACAAAGUUUUGUUUUGGUCGAAUAUAACCAUAUAGUAGUUAUUAAUUGGUUCUAUCCUCGGAAAUAUGAUAGGAGAGCACAGGGCUCUCAAUCGCGUGCAACUGAUCUGUGUAGUCCUCUUUUGCAACUAUCUGAACAGAAGUUGCAGCUAUUUAUCCAAGAGCAAUUGAUCACCGUUUAGCUGGUC